CGCUGAGAGAGUUGAAAGAGAAAAAAGUUGCAGCAGGUGGACUUGGUGGGAGUCGCCCUUAGCACAAACCUCAUUUAGGAAAAGAAUGAGAUACAAGAUUUUAAUCCUAUCGCUAUUGGUUUUAAUGUCUCUCUAUGCCCAGUAUAGUGAAUACCCUUUCAGUAUAAAGAAACUGCAGAUGACCUAUCAAUGCUGGUCUCUGAAAAACCAACCAGAACUACAACUCUCAGACUGGUUUAACGCCACAAUGAACUCUACACACACGGGCAUGAGAGUUACUAACUGGUCAGCUCCGAUUGUAUGGACCGAUACUUACAAUGAAUCAGUCUUGGCAAAUUAUUAUGAAAAGUAUCCAGUUACUGUGGGGUUGAUCGUGUUUGCAGUGGGAAGAUACCUUUUGUACUACUUGGGCCGCUUUCUGGAAUCUGCCGAUAGGUUUUUCAUGGUCAACCAGAAGGUUGUCUUUUAUAUCAUGCUCGACGACUUUUCCCAUAUGCCAUGGAUAGAUCUGAAUCGCCACCGGACACUAAAGAUUUUUAAGAUCAAACAAGCGAGGAGGUGGCAGGACAUCAGCAUGAUGCGCAUGAAGGUCAUCAGUGAACACAUCGAAGACCACAUACAGCACGAGGUGGACUAUGUCUUCUGCAUGGACGUGGAUCAGCUAUUCAAAGCCAAGUACGGUCUGGAGACUCUGGGGGACUCCGUAGCCCAGUUACAUACCUACUGGUACAAGGAAAGCCCAAGCAGACUGCCUUAUGAGAGAAAUGAGUCAUCACAAGCUUACAUAGAAGUGGGGGAGGGGGACUUCUAUUACCACGCUGCUGUUUUUGGAGGCACAACCACUCAGGUUCUCAGGAUUACCAAGGAGUGUGCCAAAGCAAUUAUGAAAGAUAAGAAAAAUAACGUCGAAGCAGUUUGGCAUGAUGAAAGUCAUUUAAAUAAGUAUUUCUUUCUCCAUAGACCCAGUAAAAUCUUGUCCCCAGAAUACUGCUGGGAUUUACGUCAGAAUAAGACUCCUGAUAUUAAGACUGUUAAACUCUCUUGGAAUUUUAAGAAUUACAGACUUCUUAGAAAGCACCUGUGAUUUGACAGCCCUUCCUUUGCAUUUCUGAAUUAGGGAGUAUGGAUUUCCUUGGAAAAUUAGCACCUGGCAUAUUCCAAGAAUAAAAAACAAUGAUUACCAAGUGCCAAAUCCAGCAACAGAGAACUUACCUUCAGCUCCCAUUGAUUCUGAAUGAUGUCAUAAAGGGCAUAGGUCACUGAGUCACAGAGUGCACUGACAUAACAAGGGAUAUAGCAGCCAAAGAGUCUGAUGGAAGCAGCCGGACAGGUAACAAUUUCACAUCUGUGUCAAUGUUGCAGGUUUAAUGUGUUAGUUCAUGAUGGCAUGGGAUGGAUUCUAGAACUCGAAAAGGAAACUAAGUAUCCUGGAUGACACGAGCAGAUGUGCUGUUGUGGCUGCCUCCUUCAGAUUGUAUGUAGCCGUUGCUAUCUUGAAUCAGAGAAGCUGUGGUCACUUUUGAGACCCUCACAGAAUAGGGUUCAUUAACAUUUCCUCACAGGAGGAGGGAGGGGCUCACAAAGAGUCACGAGGCUCCUCCCUGCCUCCCUAGAGAUACAUAAAUGGUUAACGAUUGCUGAAAAUAAAAGAAGCUUUUUGUUAGUGUGACUAGACCGUAAAUCGUCCACACUUCCAGAAA